CGGCGCAUGGCCGCGGCUCUCGUCCUCCUCGCGGGGGCCCUGCUCCCCGGCUGGGGCUCGGCCCCGCAGUGUCGCGCCAAGGUGAAGCUGAGGAGCAGCACACUUCUGGGCCUCCAUCUGCAAAACCGACUUUCAGCCCACAGGCCCCCAGCCCAGGACCCCCUGGCCUCACCAUGGUGAAGUUACUGCCUGCCCAGGAGGCAGCCAAGAUCUACCAUACCAACUAUGUGCGGAACUCACGGGCCGUGGGUGUGAUGUGGGGCACACUCACCAUCUGCUUCUCUGUGCUGGUCAUGGCCCUCUUCAUCCAGCCCUACUGGAUAGGUGACAGUGUCAACACACCGCAGGCAGGCUACUUCGGCCUUUUCUCCUACUGCGUGGGCAACGUUCUGUCCUCCGAGCUCAUCUGCAAGGGCGGCCCCCUGGACUUCUCCUCUAUUCCCUCCAGAGCCUUCAAGACUGCCAUGUUCUUUGUGGCCUUGGGUAUGUUUCUCAUCAUUGGUUCUAUCAUCUGCUUCAGCCUGUUCUUUGUCUGCAACACGGCUACUGUCUACAAGAUCUGUGCUUGGAUGCAGCUGGCUGCAGCCACAGGCCUGAUGAUUGGCUGCCUGGUCUACCCAGAUGGUUGGGACUCCAGCGAGGUGCGGCGCAUGUGCGGGGAACAGACCGGGAAAUACACACUGGGCCACUGCACCAUUCGCUGGGCCUUUAUGCUGGCUAUCCUCAGCAUCGGUGAUGCCCUCAUUCUCUCCUUCUUGGCCUUCGUGUUGGGCUAUCGACAGGACAAGCUCCUUCCUGAUGACUACAAGGCUGAUGGAAAUGGUAACCUGCCCCCAACCCCCAACAGUGACUCUUGACUGGGAGCUGCCAGAUGGAGGUGGGAGUUCCUCUUCUAGGUCUACCCUAGAAGGAGGUACUGUGGCUGGGCUUUGAAAGGAAGUCUGAAGCAGCUGAAGUAUUGGUGGGUAAUUCUAUUGGAGGGUGGUCUGCAUGCUGCUUUAUUGAAUCCAAAGGUGGAAUGACUCAUGGGCUGGGCUGUUGGGGCUGCAGUGCAUAUCCCCUACAGAAGAGAAGAGAGAAGAACAA